AUGAAAUACAUGAAGGAGUACGCUGCGGCCAACACGGUGCUUCAUGAGCACACCCAUUCCUCAAACAUUCUUGGCGAAAGGUACAACGAGGACCUGACCAUGAUGUAUAACGGGAGAAAUAUAAUGUCUAUGGCUCACUGCUUGUCCGAGAGUUCGCCAAGGUAUAUGUGGGAGGAGACAGAGGAACUGGUAUUCCCAUUCAAAAUGCUGAGUGAGCUAUGA